GUUCUCAAUAUUUGUAGUUGUCUGCUGCGGGUUGCUGUGUAAGUAGUGGAUUGUAAGUGCUCUGCUUUUGUAAGAUUUCUGGAUAUCCGCAUCGGCCGAUGGCUACCAAAAUGAGUCGACGAACACUAAAUAUAUCUCACGAAGUUCGGAGUCCGAGCCCUCAGGUUUCCACCAGUUCAGAUCGUCGUAGAUCAAAUUUAAGUCCAACACGUAUCACAAGGAUUCAAGAAAAGGCCGAAUUACAAAAUUUAAAUGAUAGACUAGCCACUUAUAUAGACACAGUCCGAAAUUUGGAACAAGAGAACCAACGAUUAACAACCCUUAUCCGUACAACUCAAGAAACAACUACCAAGGAGGUUACGAAUGUUAAAAAUUGCUAUGAAAAGGAACUGUCUGAGGUGCGGAAAGUAUUGGAUAUCACCGCUAAAGAGAAAGCGAAACUACAGCUCGAGGCUGAUAAGUGGAAAAAUGAAGCAGACGAAUUACGCUUGAAACUCUUGAAAAAAGAAAAAGAUUUAGCCAAUGCUGAGAAACAAGCUAAAACAUCUGAUAUUUUAAAUCAAGAUCUUCAGAAGAGAGUUUCUUCACUUAGUGCUGAAAACAGAAGAUUAGAAAAUCAGCUUAGAGAUGCUUUGGCUGAAAACGAAGAUUUAUCCAAGCAAUUGGCUGCAAUAAAGAAAAAGCUGGAUGAUGAAACUUUAACUAGAGUAGACUUAGAAAACAGGCUACAGAGUGCUAGAGAAGAAUUGGCUUUUAAAGAAACAGUAUAUCAAAGAGAAAUUACUGAGACAAGACAUUUGAAAGAAACAGAAAUCUCAGAGUUGAAUAGUCAACUCGCUGAAAAUUAUGAGCAGAAGCUGGCUGACACAUUAGGCGAAUUACGAGAACAAUAUGAAACUCAGCUGCGAAUGAACAAAGAUGAAAUUGAAACCAUAUACGAAACUAAGAUAGCUGAUUUACAAAAGAAGUUGGAUCGAACUUCAGAUUUCUCCAACUCCUACAGAGAUGAACUAAGAACACUGAAGACUAAAGUGGAUAGCCUGAGUUCAAAAAAUAAUAGCCUGGAAUCUACAAACAUUUCCUUAUUGAACCGAAUUAAAGAUCUCGAAAAGAUGUUGGAACAGGAACGAGACUGGCAUGCUGAUGCAUUGAAUGCAAAAGAUGAAGAGUUACGUAACCUAAGAAAUGAAAUGGAGCAGCAGCUGACCGAGUAUCGUGAACUUUUAGACAUCAAGGUAGCAUUGGACAUGGAAAUAGCAGCAUACAGGAAACUUCUUGAAGGGGAAGAACUGCGAUUGAACAUCAGUCCCUCAAGUUCACGAGCUAGCAGUCCUCAACCAUCCAGGUCAACACCCUUGCGAUCUCAUAAACGAAGACGCAUUCUAACUGAUUCUGAAAGAACAAGCUCUGGUAUUCAGACAUCUGCAAAAUCCUCUGGGGAAAUUGAUGUAGCUGAUCAUGAUAUGCAGGGAAAAUUUGUCAAAAUUCAUAAUAAAGGAAAACAAGAAAUUUCUUUAGGAAGUUGGCAACUAGUACAAAAAGGUGAAAGUGCUGAAGUUACUUACAAGUUUCCUCGUGCUACUGUUAUCAAACCAAAUGCAACAAUUACAGUUUGGAGUUCCAAUAGUGGUGUUUCAGCUAAUCCACCUCAGAAUUUGGUAAUGAAGAAUCAGUCUUGGUGUUCAUCAUCUUCGCUUUUAACUACACUUUUGAAUAGUAAUGGAGAGGAAGCAGCCUCUAGAGAAUCUCUUAAAGUCUCAGAGAGUUCAGAAAUUCAUCAUAUGGAGGAAUAAUUAGAAGCUGAGUGACAUCAAUAUACUGUUCAUUUUGCACUUACAAGCAUAAAUUCACACCUUCUAUACAUUACAGCUUGCCCUUUUUGCAGUUGUUAUUAUUUGUCUGUCUAUUCUUGUAGAAUUAUUUUAUAUGUAUCAAAGCUUUUUCAAUGCUGAUUACACUUUGAAGAAUGUUCAUUAAUGUCUCAGGAAAAAGAUGUGCCAUAAUUUCAUUUCUUUUUCCUGUAUGAAUAUGCUAAAUUUAAAAAAAGAGGGAGGGGCUCCCUCCCCCUUUAAGAACCAGCUCUUCCUUUUUUAUAAUGAUAAUCAUAAUUGUUCCUAACAUUUUAUUGCCAUAAUUAUUUUUUUCAAGUAUCCAAAAUUAUAAAUAUGUAAUAUGCUUUUUAUAAAAAAGAACAAUUUAAAUACUCAGGAUUGUGAUUGUUGCCUGAUACAGAGUGCCUAAACUGAAAAGUGUCUUAAGAAAGAGCAGUAAUAUAUGAAAUAUACAUUAUUUUCAGAUUUUUGAUGUUAGAUUAUUUAUUUUUUUUUGUAUGAACAAAGGAAAAAAUUAAUAGCUUUAGUAUCUUAUGAAGAUUUACUAAUUUUUUUAGGCAGCUAUUGUGC